AUGGCCGCCUCACUCCGAACCUCGAAUCUAGUGGCCCGGGGCCCUGCGAACCCGCUCCUCCUCGCCCGCCAGACGCCCCGACAGCUCCGUGCCUCGCAGCUCUCCGCGAGCGGCAGGCGCCAUGCCUCCACGGCCGCCGAGUCGCAGCCCGUCUCCCGGCUGAAGACGAUCCUGUUCGCCACCUCGCUGACCGCCGGCGGCUACCUGGUCUACCUCUACGGCACCGACACGCGGGCGUCGCUGCACCGCUGGCUGGUCCCGCCCAUGCUGCGCUUCCUGUACCCGGACGCCGAGGAGGCCCACAACGCCGCCGUCUCGUCCAUGAAGACGCUGUACUCGCUCAACCUACACCCGCGCGAGCGCGGAUCCAAAUCCCGCGUGCUGGACCCCGAGCUCGCCCUCUCCGUCUUCGGCCACCCGCUGGCCAAUCCCGUCGGUAUCUCGGCCGGGCUCGACAAGCACGCCGAGAUCCCUGACGCUCUUUUCGCCCUCGGUGCCUCUGUCGUCGAGGUCGGCGGCUGCACGCCCCUAGGCCAGCCCGGAAACCCUCAGCCGCGCAUGUUCCGCAUACCCGGACUGGAGGGUCUCAUCAACCGCUACGGACUCAACUCCCGUGGUGCGGACCAUAUGGCUUUGACGCUGCGGAACCGCGUGCGCACGUAUGCCAAGUCUGUUGGGCUCACCGAGGACCAGGUUUUGAACGGCGAGGGUGGUGUACCCCCCGGCAGUCUGUACGACGGCAAGCUGCUCGCGGUCCAGAUCGCCAAGAACAAGGACACGCCUGAGGGCGAUGUCGGCGCCGUUGCGGCCGACUACACAUACUGCGUGAGCCGCCUGGCGCCCUACGCCGACAUUCUGGUGGUCAACGUAUCGAGCCCUAACACGCCGGGUCUGCGGGAUCUGCAGGCCGUCGAGCCGCUAACGCGGAUCCUGAGCGCCGUGGUGGACGAGGCCCGGCGGACAAGCAGGAAGACAGCGCCGAAGGUCAUGGUCAAGGUCUCGCCGGACGAGGACACGGAGGCCCAGAUGGACGGCAUCGUGCAGGCCGUCUGGCAGAGCGGCGUCGACGGCGUCAUUGUCGGAAACACCACCAAGCGCCGUGCUGGCGUCGUACCGCCCGGCAUUGUCAUCACGCCGCAGGAGGCAACGACCAUGGCGGAGACUGGUGGGUACUCGGGACCGAUGAUGUUCGAGCGCACGCUGGAUCUCGUGGGUCGGUACCGCAAGAUGCUGGACGCCCGGAGUUAUGAGCCAAGACAGUCGACGGAAAGCACAAAGGCACCCGUCAAGGACGAGGCCGUCAGCUCCAGCCUGGCUGGAAUCGAGGGCACGGCAACGGGAAUGAUCGAGGAUGACGGUGUGGUGCCUCCAGAGCCGUCGGCGCCUGCAGCCGCGGCCAGCCACGAGCAGAAGGUCAUCUUUGCGACAGGCGGCAUCACGAACGGCCAACAAGCACUACAAAUCCUGAACGCCGGCGCCAGCGUGGCCAUGGUGUACACGGGGCUGGUAUACGGCGGCGCGGGAACAGUCACCCGGAUCAAGGGCGAGAUCAAAGAGAGCAUGAAGGCACCACGGUAA